UUUUUUUUCUUCUCUUCAAGUGGGAGGUAGACAUUUGUGCUGUUGAAUGUUGAUAACGUGACUCUCUCUCUCUCUCUACUUUAAGACAGUGUCAAAAUCUGGUCGGAGUAUCAACUUCGCAAUCAAACUCAACGUGACACUUUCUUCCAUUUUCAUUCAAAUUUGCAGAUCCAUUUUCUCAUCCAUCGGUUCCUUGAAGUAAAAUGGCCUUGGUUACCACUGCCGAAGUGUGUGAUGCGAACCCUCAAUUAAUUUUGAGCGGGGAGCUCCGUGCCCUUCAGCCAAUUUUUCAGAUUUAUGGUCGAAGACAGGUCUUUUCCGGACCUAUAGUUACCUUGAAGGUGUUUGAAGACAAUGUCCUGGUUCGGGAGUUUCUUGAAGAGAAAGGCAAUGGAAGAGUGCUUGUUGUGGAUGGGGGUGCCAGUUUGCGCUGUGCAAUAUUGGGAGGUAAUCCUGUGGUGCAAGCACAGAACAAUGGAUGGGCAGGUAUCAUUGUGAAUGGAUGUAUAAGAGAUGUGGAUGAGAUCAAUGGUUGUGAUAUUGGGGUGAGAGCUCUUGGUUCUCAUCCCAUGAAAGCCAAUAAGAAAGGUAUGGGAGAAAAGCAUGUUCCCAUAACUAUUGCUGGGACAAGGAUCGGUGAUGGGGAAUGGCUUUAUGCAGACACCGAUGGAAUUCUGAUCUCUCGAACAGAGCUUUCUGUUUGAUUUCAAUUCAUGUGUAAGGCCUAUAUAUUUAUUAUUGGCAGGCAAGACAUAUCAUGGUGUAGUACUUUCUGUUUUUGUGUUCUUGACCCUAGUUUCCUAGCUUCCACAAAAUUGUAACACUAUCAGUCUCCAUGAUAAUGAAAGUAGUUUGGAUUGUUUGUCCAUUUUACACCAACUUUAUCUCUGUUUUGAAUUGCUGUCAUGAGAACAUUUUUUUUUGUUUCA